AUGGAGUUUAAAUUUCCUCCAAUUCCCGAAGGUGAAUUCGAAGUUUAUGCAGAUAUCUACGCCAAAGAAGGGCGUGGCGACGAGCUUGAAGACUUCAUUCGCAGACAGGUGACAUUGGCAAAAGACGAGCCCGGCACGUUGGUAUAUUCGGUCUCCCGCGACGACCAAAACCCGCUCCAUUUUCACAUCUUUGAGCGAUAUAGCGGGAGAGAAGCACUGGAGAAGCACCUAGCGACGCCUGUGGCGAAGGAAUUGGCUGCAGCUGGGGUCAUCGCAGCAGGACCACCCCCCAAGUUUCUCAAGGCACUCACGGGUUUCUAA